AUGAACGGUGAAAAACUGUCAAAUGAUAAAGCCGCUAUCGGACCAUUCCAACUAGUUACAGAAAGUUAUUCGAGAAAAAAAUUUAACAGCGGAACAGAAGAUGAUGUCCCUUUAGCCCAGCUUUUUAACAGGUUGAGGGGACCCAAUGACCCUCAAAUAAGUGAGGCAGAAGCUCAUGAAUGGGCUGCUGGAGGUGCCAAAAGCGAGUUACAAAGAUAUGAAGUAUUAACUGAUGAGGAGAUUGUGCGAACGGCUAUGUGUGAGGACGAUGAGCAAGAUGAGGACAAUAGCGUUGAAAUUUUAGAAAUCACAAAAGUUGGUAAUUCAGAGGCAGUAGGAGCUUUAAACACUGCUUUAAAAUGGGCUGAAGUUGGAUCGCCCUGUAUAACUGUGGUAAUAUUCUACACAUGGUUGGCCAAAAGCUUAAACAUGCAAAUUGAACAAAUAUUUCCAAUAAGAGGGCACUCUUAUAACCAAUGUGACAGGAACUUCGGAAGAAUCACCAUCCCUAUGGGAAACCACGGAUAUGCUGUAAAAAAAUAUCUGUUGAUCCCCAAACUGCAGCUAAGAGACUCUACAAUGAAAGCCAAAUACGAACAAGAAAUGUGGUGGAAAGAGCAUGAAGGGUGGAAAAGGUUUCCCUGCAUAGGCUCGCAAUUAAGGGUGGCUUUAAGAAAUGUACAGCAUAUCAUUGUUAGCACUGCAAUAUUGCAUAAUAUUUGCCUAGAAAAGAGGAAAUAUCUGCCAAAAGACGAUGGAAAUUACACACUUCACCUUCCGAUAGAAAAGCAGAUCGUUCCCGGAGACUGCCAAUGA